AUGGCUCCUACCACCCAGAGCGUUCAAUGCUUCGGCAAGAAGAAGACGGCUACUGCUGUCGCCCACGUCAAGUCUGGCCAAGGCCUCAUCAAGGUCAACGGCCGUCCUCUCUCCCUGGUUCAGCCUGAGAUCCUCAGAUUCAAGGUCUACGAGCCUCUCCUCGUCAUCGGCCUCGACAAGUUCGCUGGUGUUGACAUCCGCGUCCGCGUCGCCGGUGGUGGUCACACUUCCCAGAUCUACGCCAUCCGUCAGGCUAUCGCCAAGGGCCUGAUCGCCUACUACCAGAAGUUCGUGGACGAGCACUCCAAGAACACCCUCAAGGCUGCCUUCGCGCAGUACGACCGUACCCUCCUCGUUGCCGACAACCGUCGCUGCGAGCCCAAGAAGUUCGGUGGUAAGGGUGCCCGUUCCAGAUUCCAGAAGUCUUACCGUUAAACGGUUUGCUUCUUGGUGUAUCUGGUGGUGCUGUUGUCUGCUGGGGAUGGAGGGACACGGCCGACUGCUUGUUUAUCCCCCGGCAUAAAAGGGAAAGCUGGAUGGAAUCCAAACCGGUCGUGCUGGACGUGAUGAAGGAACGACGCAUGGGUAAUCUUUCUAUGGCUCCACAGCGGAAACGGACGGCUACUAUUUUGCGUUUGGUCUCAACGGAGUCAAAAAGAGGAUCCUAUAUUUGACA